CUUAACUCCCCGUCUUUAUAAAUCACAAUGCACUGAAUGUAAAAGACUUAACAUAUUUUUUUGUGUUCUGAUCUAACUUUUGCACUAACCUAUUCAACCUAUGAUCUUUCCGGACUGCAUCCCUUUCAAAAAGAGAAGAAAAGAAUACUAGUGUAUGUGGGGCGGGGGGGGGGGGGAGGAAUGUAAGUAACAUGGAAUAAAUUGCUAUGUUCUACCUUUUGUAAGAGUUUAACAAAGAUGCAAAAGUGUGUCUUUUUCUUGCUUUCUUCUUGCUGUUAUAUGGAUGGAGAUGGCCCAAGGCAUUUUGCCACCUGAGGUGGACCAGCAAAUGAUGCCCCUGCCACCCCACCUCUUCCUCCUAAAUACUGCCCCCCCCAAUGCUGCAGUGAUAGACUUGCUGCUGGCUUCUCUUCCUGCAUCCAUUUUUCUGCACCCUUACUCAGAACGAGGCAUUGUGGAACAACUGGGUGGGAUUUGCCUAUUGAGAUGGACAUUCAGCAGGUGCAACAUUAAUAACUUACUGUAUCUGCAGAAUAUGCUGCUUUAAUCAAAGAUGUACAGCUAUGGCAUACGCUCUGUCCUACCAGACAAUACCACCCACCCACCACAACUUAGCCUAACACAAUCCAGACUACAAUUGUGUCACAACUUUUGUGGAUGUAAUUUGGUCAGCUCUGCUUUAAUGCUUCCUGUUACUACACACACACACACCCCACCAUUGGAACUGGCUGGGGAAUAUAAUUCAUUGUAAUUUUGAAAGGCAUUACUUAAAUUAUCCAACAAUCUUUAGAUAGCUGAACUCCGAAACAAGUGGGACAGAUGGGAAACAGGUGAGUUUGCUUUAAUCCUGAAGAACUGAAAAAUUUGAUUUAGAUCAACAACAUGCUGCUUAUGACAAAUACUGCCUUGCGCAGAGUCAGGCCAUUUGUCUAUCUAGCUCAGUACUGUCCAUGCUGGCUGGUAGUGGCUUUCAGGAAAGGAACAAUCACAGCCCUACUUGGAGAUGCUGUGGAUUGAACCUGGUUGGGACCUUCUGCCUUAACGCAGUGGCUCUGCUACUGAACUACGACCCUUCCCUAAAGCAAAUGAGAAAGCUCUCUUGGAGGAUGGAUUUACAAGCAGCAAUAACCAUUGCAAUCCAAGCCUACAUCCCCGUGGGAUAAAUUACUUCUUUAUGACACCACAGAGCUGUAAAUUCAUUAUCUGUGUAAAGUCCAGCUAUGUUUCCCAGGGGAAUUCUCACAGAGGAUAUAUUUCAUCCAUUCUUCAGAGACAACUGUUAGAAACAAGUUACUAUGAGAGGGUGUGAAAUAGGAAUCAAUGAACCAUGAUGCAGGUCUCCUACAGGCAGGAGUUUCUGAGCUAAUGCUCCUUGUUCACUCCUGUUCACUGUUUCUGGCACCAGGCUAUCUGAUGCAGGUUAAUCCACGGCCCUUUUGUAGAUGUCCAGUGAGUGAGCCUGUGGAUGAGGGAGGAACUGUGAUCGGAUCCGCUGUGUCUUCCCUUUCUGCUAUUAUUUUAUUAUGGGUCCCCCCCCCCCCAUAUUUUCAUCCGAAUAUCACAAGAAAACAAAAAAAUUCCUUCAGUAGCACCUUAAAGACCAACUAAGUUUAUAUUUUGGUAUGAGCUUUCGUGUGCAUGCACACUUCUUCAGAUGCACACGAAAAAGUUCUGCAUGCACACGAAAGCUCGUACCAAAAUAUAAACUUAGUUGGUCUUUAAGGUGCUACUGAAGGAAUUUUUUUAUUUUGCUUCGACUCAGACCAACACGGCUACCUACCUGUAACAAGAAAACAAGAAUGCCUUUAGUGCUGAAACCAUAAGGAACACAUUAAGGAACAUUAACAUUCUUUGGCUGAAACCCUGGUCACUCAUUAACGGAAGUCCAGACAGCUAAGAUCACAUCAAUGCACUGGCAAGACGCACCUAUUUAUGUGGCUAUGUUCUUUAUACACAUAGGCACAUGCUCAUCCUGUAAAGUGUGAUGAGUGCCUAAGGCUUCAUCUGGAGAUCAGCUUCUUGCAAUGACGGUAGCAUUAGUUUGGAAUUGUGGAAACCUUACCAGAAUAAACACAGCGCAUGAUUGCAUGAUCUGUACAGACAAGAGCACACAUGGCUUGGAGUAGUAUUGAUGUGAUAUGCAUUACAGACAUACCUGGUGUCUUGAAGCAUCAGUAGUCUUUAAGGUUUUUGUUUGUUUACUUAUUUAUUUAACAUAAUUCAUGGGUGAUAUGAUAGCCAUGUUCAAAUAUAUGAAAGGAUGUCAUAUGGAGGAGGGAGAAAGAUUGUUUUCUGCUGCUCCAGAGAAGCGGACACGGAGCAAUGGAUUCAAACUUCAAGAAAGAAGAUUCCACCUAAACAUUAGGAAGAACUUCCUGACAGUAAGAGCUGUUCGGCAGUGGAAUUUGCUACCAAGGAGUGUGGUGGAGUCUCCUUCUUUGGAGGUCUUUAAGCAGAGGCUUGACAGGCAUAUGCCAAGAAUGCUUUGAUGGUGUUUCCUGCUUGGCAGGGGGUUGGACUGGAUGGCCCUUGUGGUCUCUUCCAACUCUAUGAUUCUAUGAUUCUAUAUACUGCUUGAUUGUCAUAAAACCUCAAGUGAAUUUACAAAAUAAUAAUAAUUAAAAAUUAAAGUUAAAAGCAGGUCUUUAAAAACAUUCAAAAACCACUUCAAAUCAAGAAAAACUAAACAACAAUUAAAACACGUGUAACUUCUACACGUCUGCAUAAGCUUACCUAAACAAAAAUAUUUUAAGCAGGCAUUGGAAAGAGGACAGUGAAGGUGCCUGCCUGGUGUCAAUAGGCAGGUAGUUCCAAAGUGCCACACUAAAAGAUCGGUUUCUUAGAGAAUGAGUACUGUAUGGCAGAUGUAGCAGUGUCAGUUCUGCAGAGCAAAGCACUCAAGUGGGCAUAUAUAGGGUAAGGCGAUCCCGCAAGUAAACUAGUCCCAACUUGCUAAGUUCUAAUAGUAACACAUUGGACUCGGUCCGAUUUAGAGGCAGGCGUGCUAUAAAAGUGGGGGAAGGGAGAAGAGAACACUACCUUAAGCUCUUUAGAAAAAAAAGGUGAGGUGUAAAUGUAAUAAAUAAAUUAGAAUGAAUUUUCCAUCCAUGGCUUAAUUUUCACAAAAGUAAAUUAUAACCAUGAAUAUCACAUAGGCAUUUACACAGUUCCCUGUUCUUGAGCUACUAACAGCCUACCAUCGAUCAUUCUGAGCAGUCUAGUUUAUUUACCAUGAGUAAGAUAUUUAAAGGAAGUGGGUAACAGCUUUUCUUCUUUCUCUGCAUUAGUGAGACAGUUAUAACCAGCCUCAACUUAACUCCCAGGACAGCUGGUGCCUGCAUGAGGCACAGACAAGGCAGCCAUGACAGUCUCCUACACCUUGAAAGUGGCCAAUGCUCGCUUUGGGGGCUUCUCCAAGCUACUUUUCCGUUGGAAAGGGAGCAUCUACAAGCUGCUCUACAAGGAGUUCAUUGUCUUCAUCUUGCUUUAUGGAACACUAAGUGUCAUCUACCGGCACCUUCUGAAUGUGGAUCAGAAACGGCUCUUUGCAAAGGUGGCUGAAUACUGCAACCGCUCCACUGACCUCAUCCCUCUGUCCUUCGUCCUAGGUUUCUAUGUCACACUAAUCGUGAACCGCUGGUGGGCGCAAUAUACCAGCAUUCCUCUGCCAGACCAGCUAAUGUGCGUCAUUUCCAGCAAUGUGCAUGGGAAGGAUGACAAGGGCCGCAUCCUGCGCCGCACUCUCAUCCGCUAUGCCAACCUCUCCUCUGUGCUCAUCCUGCGCUCGGUCAGCGCUAGAGUCCUUAAGAGAUUCCCCACUAUGGACCACUUAGUUGAAGCUGGUUUCAUGACACAAGAUGAGCGCAAGAAGUAUGAGAGUCACCACUCAGACUUCAACAAGUAUUGGAUCCCUUGUGUGUGGUUCACUAAUCUAGCAGCCCAAGCCAGGCGGGAAGGAAGGGUCCGGGAUGAUGUGGCACUCAGAUUGCUCAUAGAUGAACUGAACCUCUACCGCUCCAAAUGCAGCAUGCUUUUCCACUAUGACUGGAUAAGCAUCCCCUUGGUGUACACACAGGUGGUCACCAUCGCUGUCUAUUCCUUCUUUGCUUUGUGUGUGAUUGGGCGUCAGUUUCUACAACCUGUGGACCCAGGUCAAAACAAAACAAUGACAAAAAAAGAUGAGGACCUAGAUCUGUAUGUUCCCCUACCCACUCUUCUACAGUUCUUCUUCUAUGCUGGUUGGCUUAAGGUGGCAGAGCAGAUAAUUAAUCCCUUCGGAGAGGAUGACGAUGACUUUGAAACCAACAAACUGAUAGACAGGAACCUUCAAGUGUCUUUGCUUUCGGUGGAUGACAUGUAUCAGAACUUACCACUAACUGGAAAAGACAAAUACUGGAAUGAAUCUACAGCUCAGCCCCCAUACACAAUGGCCACAGUGGCAGAGACCUUGAAACCUUCCUUCAUGGGUUCUACCUUUGACAUGCGGAUGAGUGACGACCCAGAGCAGAGCCAGCAGGUGGAAGCAUCACCCAGCAUGAGCCGCAUUCAGACUCCCCUGCUCAACCGCUUCCUCACUGCAGCUGCCUCUCCUGCAGUCAGCCUCAAAAAUUUUGGCAAGGGCAGUCGGGUUCAGCAUCCCCAGCUACUUCGCCUAAGGACAGAGGGCACCUUCCCCUCUUCCAGCCCCAGCUUCUACCGCAGGGAAGACCCUGAAGCAGUUGGUCGCAUCGACGAAGAAGACAUGGAGGACGAAGAGACCAGGCUUAGUGAAACCUCUUCCCCUGGCUCCCACCUCAAAGACCCCCAUAAGAACACAAAUGCUGAGAUUUGGAGAAAGGAGCUGCCCAGCAUUACAGUAGUGGGGCCCCCAGAUGAGAUCAGUAUCAGUGACCAGCCAUCUAGCUAAGGCCCACUAGCAUGGCCUUUUAAGGUAGGAUUUAGGACUAAUGCCCCACUCAAGCCACAUAGGGAAAGUUUCUCUUGUACUGGAUCCAUCUAAACAUGCAUACAUUAAGGGAUAAAAACACUACUAAUGCCAAAGAUUUGCAGCUGUCCAUUCUCAUAUUGAAAGCCACGUACUCUAGAAAUAACUCAAAACAGUCUAUGGCAGGCAUCCCCAAACUUCAGCCCUCCAGAUGUUUUGGACUACAAUUCACAUCAUCCCUGACCACUGGUCCUGUUAGUUAGGGAUCAUGGGAGUUGUAGGCCAAAACAUCUGAAGGGCCGCAGUUUGGGGAUGCCUGGUCUAUGGGUAGGAACAACAUAAGGAUUUGAAAUAUUUGUUUAGCCCAACCACAUGCUGCGAAGCAGUGCUUCCACACUGUAAUUACUUUGUGGGUCCUGAAAUAGGAAGAAAGUACUGACAUAUGUACACACAAACAAAUAUCAUCCUUUCACCUAGCAGUUGUCCUUGAACAGGUAAAAAAAAGCUUGAAUGAACAGGUACUUGCAGUGAUGCAGCUUUUUUGAAUCUGCACUCAGCUGAAGAUUUGAUUUGUUUAAUAAAUAUAAAUAAACUAAACUAAAUCUAAGAAAAGUUAAUUUUACAUGCUGUAUAAAUAGCUGGAAGGUUUUUUCAAUAGAGAAAUGUGUGUGGUUAAACUGAAAUAUUGGGAGGAAAUUCUAGGGAAGCACAAUGAAACAAAUUCAAAGCUUACUUUCCAAAUGUUUAUUGUAAGGCUGCAAUCCUAUACCUAUUUACCAGUGAGUUAAUGAACUCAAAUUUUUUUACUUCUGAGUAGGCAUGUACAGGAUUGCAGUAUCCCUCAUAUUAGUAUAAAUAUGCAUAUUUAUUAGUAAAUAGGUCAAUGGGGCUUACUUCUUAGUAAGCAUGUUUGAGAAUACAGCCUGAAAAGGGGCUAUGAAUGAAGGCAUUGAAAUCCGACCAUGAGCAUUCCUAGCAAGAGCUAUACAGUACACACAAAAACCUUUCUUAGGAUAAUCUCCUGAAUAAAGUUAAUUCCAACUUUGAUUUUAGACUAUUAUUUUAUCAAUUCCAGUUGCCCAAUUUAAUUUGCAUACUGUUCAGUCAUUAUCGUACCAAUUCUAUGAUCAAUGCAGUUCUAAAAGCAGCAAAUAUGGAUGUGUGUUGCACAUGUCUGACUGGCUGCUGUGCAGUCAAAAAGCAGAGUGCAACCUGGUAACACGUACAUGUGCACUCACCAUUCUAGGCUCCAUACCCAUAAAAAUCUUACACGCUUCAAAUUUUAGUAGUGGGAUGACCACUGUAUCUAGCUGCAUAUGCUUUCUGUAGUUAUGUGGAAGUCUGGAAACUUGCUAUAUGUCCAAACCCAAAUAAGCAAGCCAUUUAUUUGUCUGGUAUGUGUUUAGAUUCAUGCUCCCAAUUCAUAGCACUUGUCCUUACCCCCCUCAGAUGAAAAUGUUACUGUUACAAGAUAGUAUUGUUCCCAGCCUUCGAAAGGACCAGACCUUUGGAAAGAGGCCUGGCCCUUCUGCUAGAAGGGAGUUUAUCUUGCACUGGAAUGAGACCAGAAUGUCAUGAAGAAGACAAUCCAGACACUUAGCAGUGCACCAGUUGCUUUGUUGCUAAAUGUAGUACUAAUCAUGUAAAAAAUGCAAUUAACAGCUUCCAAUUUUGGCAGUUCAACUGCCAACAAUGCAACAAACUCAAUAAUUUUCUCAGCUUCCAUUCAUUAAUACCCUGUGCACAUACCUAAUCAUUAGAAAUGUAUGCUAUGCAUUGGAAGAGGAUGAAGACUCUGAAAAUCUGUUCUCCAUGGGGUCACCAAAAGCAGGAUAUUUUGAAGUGCACACUACAAAGCUCAUGUUGCAAGGGAACUGGGAGAAUGAAUAGCACACAACACACCUGUGCUGCUGACAUUUAUAGUGCCAUAGUGUAUAAUGACAGUUCAUCACACCUAAGUAUAGAGCUUCAACCCUAUUCAGGGAAACUUAACCGUUACAGUGGUACCUCGGUUUAUGAACACAAUUGGUUCUGGAAGUCUGUUCAUAAACUGAAGCGAACUUUCCCAUUGAAAGUAAUGGAAAGUGGAUUAAUCCGUUCCAGAUGGGUCCGCGGCAUUCGUAAACCGAAAAUUUGUAAACCGAGGUUCCACUGUACUAGCUUUAAAACAUGGGCAAUUUAGCAAAGAAGUAAAUACAAAGCAAAACUUUGCUUACAUUGCUGCUGUUUUACCAGAGUACUCAACACACAAAUGAAACCACCAUGGCAGAUUGAUGGUCAUUAAGUCCUGUUACUUAUUUACUAUUCUAAAUAAAAGUGAACUCACAUCCCCUCAAUGCAUGUUGGAGGGAGUAGUAUUAGUAGGCAUGCCUGGUGGCAGUUGGAGACCA